AUGGGGAACGUUAUAGACGGUAAGUCGGUGGAGGAGCUGAGCAGCACCGAGUGCCACCAGUGGUACAAGAAGUUCAUGACCGAGUGCCCCUCCGGCCAGCUCACCUUCUACGAGUUCCGCCAGUUCUUCGGCCUCAAGAACCUGAGCCCGUGGGCCAGCCAGUACGUGGAGCAGAUGUUUGAGACCUUUGACUUCAACAAAGACGGCUACAUCGACUUCAUGGAGUACGUGGCGGCGCUGAGUCUUGUCCUCAAGGGGAAGGUGGAACAGAAGCUGCGCUGGUACUUCAAGCUCUACGACGUGGACGGCAACGGAUGCAUCGACCGCGACGAGCUUCUCACCAUCAUCCGGGCCAUCCGAACCAUUAACCCCUGCAGCGACUCGACCAUGACCGCAGAGGAGUUCACCGAUACAGUGUUCUCCAAGAUUGACGUCAAUGGGGAUGGGGAACUCUCCCUGGAGGAGUUCAUGGAGGGCGUCCAGAAGGACAAGAUGCUCUUGGACACGCUAACCCGAAGCCUGGACCUUACCCGCAUUGUGCGCAGGCUCCAGAAUGGAGAGCAGGAUGAGGAGGGAGCUGGUGGCAGGGAAAGUGAGGCAGCGGAAGCAGCCGGCUGA